AUGAAGCGUCGUGAUGGCUAUAAGGUUCGUCAGGGAGAUAGCGCCCUUGUGGACAAAGAGGAGCAGUAUGCCAAGAUGUUGGCGGAGCUCCGCCCAAAAGCCGAACAAGCCGAUCCUUACGCCAGUUUCCAAUCCAUGGAGACCAUGCUGGGCAACCAGCGGAUGGAAAUGCAUCGCUUGAUUCACGGCUAUCACGACACGGCCAUGAGGUUUUUGGUGCGAAAGGAACAGAGUUGGCGCAAAGCGGAGUUGGAGGUCAAGGAGAUGAGUGUCCAAUUGGAGGCGAUGAAGAUGCCACAUGAUCGCAGCACCAGCAAAAAGAGUUAUGACAAGUCUGGCAACAAGGACAGUAGCAAUCCGGUCCUCUUAGCCCAGCUGGAACGAAGUCGCGAACAGCUCUUGGACAGCGAGAAAUCGCUGAGGGACGUGCAGUCUGAAAACUUCGAACUUCGCGAACAACUGGCAGCGAUGCAGGCUGUGGGUGCGGGCUAUGGCAAGUUGUUAAGCCCCAGCGGCGGCUCCAAAGACAUGCGCUGGAUGCCGCCGCCGGAACCGGAGAUCAGCGAGCAGAAAGACUCUGUGGCGCAGUUCUUGGAAAAGCUUGGGACCACGUCGAGCAACCCCUUGGACCGCCUGGAACGCGCCCAGUCCAAGUUGGAAGCCUGGGCCAAUUCGCACCAUCCGAAGCCCGACCCCGUGCUGGCAGGUCUCUUGGUGACACAGCUACCGGGUAAAUAG